UCCCGUACCUUCAGUAUCUUAUGUGUUUAGAAAGGGCUGGUAUCAGAGAACCAUGUGUUUCAGGAAUAAGUGAACGGGAAGCAAACGCGCACUUUCCCUCUCUCGUUGAGGAAAGAUAAGACAGAUAGAUAGGUACAGUAUAUACAUAGGCAAGCGGACAGAGGGAGGGCAUGAGUGAGCGAGAGAGGGGGUGAGCUUUCCUAGUCCAGAAAGAAGGCAAGGCUGCUUUCUCUGCCUCGCUAUUUCACAGAGCGCUACCUCUACCCUUGCCUGUCACUGAUGGCGUUGCUUUGUCAUGUAGAAUAAGAAAAGAAGGAGAGAAGAAUGAAAAUGCUCCGAUUCCGCACUUCAAGCGUCCGAUCCUUAAAUCAGGAGAUCCAGUGUACAGUGAGGCUGCUGGACGAUUCGGAGAUCUCAUGCAGCAUCCAGAGAGACACCAAGGGCCAGUUCCUUUUGGAUCACGUCUGCAACCACUACAGCCUACUGGAAAAGGAUUAUUUUGGCAUCCGCUAUGUGGACCUACAAAAACAGAGGCACUGGCUAGAGCCCAACAAGACCAUCACCAAGCAGAUGAAAGCUCAGCCUCCAUACACCAUGUGCUUCAGGGUCAAGUUUUACCCCUAUGAACCAAUGAAAAUCAAGGAGGAGCUGACCAGGUACCUCCUCUACCUGCAGCUAAAAAGAGAUAUUUACCAUGGCCGCCUACUGUGUCCUUUUGCCGAUGCAGCUUAUCUCGGGGCUUGUAUCGUGCAAGCUGAACUUGGGGAUUACGACCUGGAUGAGCACCCAGCAGACUACAUCAGCGACUUCCAACUGUUCCCUAAGCAGAGCCAGAAGCUGGAGAGGAAGAUCAUGGAGAUCCACAGGAACGAGAUGAGGAGCCAGUGCCCGGCAGUGGCUGAGAUGAACCUCCUUCAGAGAGCGCACGCGCUGGAGACGUACGGCGUCGACCCCCACCCCUGCAAGGACUUCACUGGAUCCACUGCAUUUUUGGGGUUCACUGCUACUGGCUUUGUGGUGUUCCAGGGGAACAAGCGGAUCCACCUGCUGAAAUGGGCUGAUGUAAGCAAACUGAAAUUCGAAGGGAAGACUUUCUAUGUAAUUGGUAUGCAGAAAGAGAAGAAAUUGGUGCUGACCUUUCACACGUCCACGCCAGCAGCCUGCAAGCAUCUGUGGAAGUGUGGGGUGGAGAACCAGGCCUUCUACAAGUGUGCAAAAUCCAGCCAAAUAAAGACAGUAUCCAGCAGUAAUAUAUUUUUCAAAGGGAGCCGAUUUCGGUACAGUGGAAAGGUGGCGAAAGAGGUUAUAGAGGCAAGUUCUAAGAUACAAAGAGACCCCCCUGAAGUGCACAGGUCCAGCUUCAGCCAGAGCAGGAGCUUCAACUCACUGAGCAACAGGCAGCUUAUCAUGAACAUGGAGCCCCUGCAGCCAGCACUGCCCUCCCCCAGCGAGAGUGAGGAGGCCUGCAUGGAGACUGGUCUGCUCGCCCUAAAGGAGUCCGUCCACUUGUCUCCCCUGAAGUUGGCUAUUGUCUCACAACCCGAGGCAGGGAAGAAUGGGGCUGAACGGGGGGCAGGAGACGCCCUCCUAUCAGAGGAGCGCACACUGUGUAAAGAGGAGCGACGGCACGAGGAAGAUGAGGAGGAGGGUGGUGAGGCCCUGACGAUCUCGGAGCUGGUGUACAGCCCAUGUGCCAGCCUGCUGCCCACCCCAGUGGAGGACGUAGGCGGAGUCGACCUGCUGUUCGAGAGCCCCGUCAAGCUACUGAAGGAGCUGCAUGCUGACAGCGGCCUGCGGGACGAGCCGGAGGGCGAGCAGGAGUGUGAGGGGGCCCAGGAGGAGCGGGUGAGGGAUGCCCCCCGGGGGCUAAGCCCACGGGCGGGGGGCAGCGCGCCACUGGGUGCCUGUCUGCGCAGUCUGGCCCGCCUGCUGGCCUUGGCACUGGGCCUGCUGCUGAUUCUGCUGCCCCUGCUACUACUGCUGCUCGAGUCCGACAUCGACGUCUCCUUUCUGCGCGAGAUUCGCCAGACGCCCGAGUUUGAGCAGUUCCACUACGAGUACUACUGUCCUCUGCGGCGUUGGGUCGUGUGCAAGAUAAACAUCGUCCUGGACAAGCUGGGGGGCUAGUGAAGGAGAGGGCUUCCCGGCAGCUAGUGGGGGCCGUCUGCAUCGGGCGGAAAUAAACGGGUUGCUUUCAUUUCCGGGUCGUUUCUGUGGGGAUUUUUUUUUUUGCUUUCACACAAGCACACACACAUUUCUAGAGCCACACCCAGGCUGAUGUUCAGCCAUCACUGUUCUUGAGUCAGAUAGCCUUGCACCAGCAUGGUGCAGAAAACAGUUCGAGGCAGUCCUGAGGACUGGUGGUACAAAGGAGCAGAGGGGAGAAGCACUGAUUGGGAGAGUUUCGUUAAUAACCAUUGUGUAUAUAGCAAACAUACAUCUAAUUAUGUUAACGAAGUGAUAUUAAUGAUGGUAGCAAUGAUAUCAGGAAAAUUAGUGAAAGGCCACAGAGUUGUUUUGGUUACUCAUAUAGAAACACUUCCAGUUUGAAAGCAACUCAGUUUUGUCCUGUAAAAAAGAGAUCCACAGCGUAUCUGUAUAUUUUAAAAUAAAACUUUACACUGU